AUGUAUCGCUCUAGGGGUCCUUUUGCCCCUUCUGCCUCGUCAUCUCGUGCUUCUGCUUCAACAAAGUGCCAGAAAUGCCUUAAGCUUGGUCAUUACAGUUUUGAAUGCAAAGCCGCUGCUAGUGAACGCCCAUACGUCUCUCGCCCUUCGCGGACUCAGCAACUACUGAAUCCCUCACUACGCCCAGCUCUUACAGAGUCGGCGCCCCCCUCUGAUGCGGUCAUACUCAAGAAGAAAGGGACCGCAGACGAAAUAUUGAAAUCGAAACAAAAAGAAAGGGAGAGGGACCGUGCACUAGACCGAAGCGACCGCGGCCGCAAAAGGCGGCGAGAAAGUCCAUCGCCUGGCGCCGCAUCACGUACCCGUUCGAUUUCAACAGGGUCUACAUCCUCGUAUUCCAGCAUCUCUUCGGGCCGCUCCCCUACACCACCAAACUACUCACAAGACCGCGCAGUAGCCCAUAAUUCCCCCAAAACCCGCCGUCGUAAAAAAGACAAGGAGCCCCUCUCCGAGACGAGCAAGACGAAGGUCAUUCUCACCAGCCGAAAAAAUGUCUGUUUCGCCGGCAAGAAGAGGAAAUGGCGGACCCAUAGUGAAGAGACCAAGUCCGCCUAG